AUGUCCACCACAGUGACACAACGUCGUUUUGGUGACAAGUCCACCAAAGGACUGCGCGCUCUCGACACCGAGGGCAAUGAGUUCCAAGUGCCAGACUACUCCAUCAAGGAGAUUUUGGAUAGUAUCCCUAAAGAGUGUUUCGAACGCAGACUGACCACGUCCUUUUAUUAUGUUUUCAGAGACAUUGCCGUUUGUCUUGCCAUGGGCUGGUUGGCCAACACCUACAUUCCACAGGUCCCCUGGACGGCCGUGAGAGGCGCUCUGUGGCUGGGUUACGCGAUCCUGCUGUCGCUGCCUUAUACGGGACUCUGGGUGUUGGGACACGAGUGCGGCCACCAGGCAUUUUCUGACUACGGAUGGCUCAACGACACGGUGGGCUGGAUCAUCCACUCCUACCUGUACGUUCCAUACUUCUCCUGGAAGUACAGCCAUGGCAAACACCACAAGGCCACCGGACACCUCACAAGAGACAUGGUUUUCGUUCCCAAAACUGUUGAGGAGUUUAAAAAAGAGCGGGCUGGAGACGCGCGUGUGAAGCUCAGUGAGCUUUCUGAGGACACGCCAAUCCAGACGCUGGUCUCGUUGCUGGUGCAGCAGUUUGGCGGCUGGUGGUGGUAUCUGCUGACCAACGUCACUGGCCAGAAAUACCCAGAGCACACCAAGUUUGCCGUGUCGCACUUCAACCCUGCGUCGCCGAUCUUUGACAAGCGCGACUACUGGUACGUGGUGCUGUCCGACAUCGGCGUGCUUGCCCAGUCGUUUGUGGUGUACCAGUGGUGCAAGAGCUUUGGAGGCUUCCACUGCUUCAUCAACUGGUUCCUGCCAUACGUCUUCACCAACCACUGGCUCGUGUUCAUCACGUACCUGCAACACACCGAUGUCUCGCUGCCUCACUACGACAACAACGAAUGGACUUUUGCCAGGGGCGCCGCCGCCACGAUCGAUAGAGAGUUUGGCUUCGUUGGCUGGUUCUUUUUCCACGACAUUAUAGAGACCCACGUUCUGCACCACUACGUUUCCCGGAUUCCGUUUUACAACGCCAGACCGGCCACCGAGGGCAUCAAGAAGGCCAUGGGCGUCCACUACCGCCACAGCGACGAGUCCAUGUGGUACACCCUGUGGAAAUCCGCCAGGGCGUGCCAGUUCGUGGAAGGUGAUAACGGUGUUCGGAUGUUCCGCAAUAUAAACGGUGUGGGGGUGGCUCCAAAAUCUUGA